AUGGAACAACCUGAAUCUUCUGUUUUAUUUGAAAAUGAUUCUUUAAACGAGUUAAAUGAAGUUAUAAAGGAUGAUAAAUUGCCAGAUAUUUUAUAUAACUUACUGUAUCCAUCGGUAACUGAUAUGUUCUUAAACAUAAGAGAGGUUUAUAAUACAGAAAAAACAUUAUCAGAGAAAUUAGAUUCUUUAAUCCAAAAAUUACAGGCAUGUAUCCAUCUUGUUAAUCCAGAAAUUCUUGAAGAGAUUCUUAAUGAUUCUAUUGAUCUUAAGAAAAGAAUGAAUUUAAUUUAUAAAACACUUAAAGAAGCUCAAUUGAGAAUGGAGAAAUGUUAUUUUAUUUUAAAUAAAUAUCAACAGUGA